AUGUACAUUUGUGGGAAGUUUGUUCGAUUCCAAUUAGGCACUACAAGAUUAGUUUUACCAAUUGAAUUGAUUAAAUUUCGUGAUGGAAUGCCAAUAGCAAAAUUACCACCAAAUAACGAUACAGUAGAAUACAUAAAACAAGAAGUUGAAAAAGAAAUUUUUAAUAGAGCUUAUAGAAUAUUAAAAGAUGAUGAUUUAACGGAAAAUGGAUAA